AUGGAGCGGCCGGGGGAAGGCGAGCAGCCGCCCCAGCAGCAGCCUUGGGGGAGGCUUCUUCGCCUGGGCGCCGAGGAGGGCGAGCCGCACGUCCUCCUGAGGAAACGGGAGUGGACCAUCGGGCGAAGAAGAGGUUGUGACCUUUCAUUCCCUGGCAAUAAAUUGGUCUCUGGAGAUCACUGUAAAAUUACAGUGGAUGAAAAAUCUGGUCAGGUAUCACUGGAAGAUACCAGCGCCAAUGGAACUGUCAUUAACAAGCUGAAGGUUGUUAAGAAGCAAACUUGCCCUUUACAGACUGGGGAUGUCAUCUACUUGGUGUACAGGAAGAAUGAGCCAGAACACAACGUGGCAUACCUCUACGAAUCUCUAAAUGAAAAGCAAGGUGUAACACAAGACUCCUUUGAAGCUAAUAAAGAAAAUAUGUUCCACGUGACCAAAGAUACCUCAGGUGCAGUGCGAGGUGACGAUCCUCAGGAUCCCCAGGUCCUGCUGUCAUCGCCCGCCACUCAGGUGUGCUUUGAGGAACCACAGCCAUCAACGUCCACGUCGGACCUCUUCCCCACGGCCUCUACCUCUUCCAUGGAGCCCACCUCUGCAGGCCGAGGGCCUCCCUCCAGCUCCAGCUCCAGAGGUGCAGACGUCUCUACAAAGGGGUGUGGUCCAUCUGUGACAAGUGAUGAAUUCUCCAGCUUCCCUUCGACUCUCCCAGACAGAGAGGGGGCUUCCUUUUCUCUUUCGGAACCCCAGGAUCAGGAGGAUUUGGAGCCUGUUAAGAAGAGAGUAAAAGCAGAUGGGGAGCCAGACCUUAACCUACCCAUACUGGUCACAGACCCAGGCAGAGACCCUCCCGCUGCCCUUGACGUCAGAGCUGAGGCCAUGAAGCCAGACAAGAUGGAGGAGACACUCACGUGCAUCAUCUGCCAGGACCUGCUGCAUGACUGUGUGAGCCUGCAGCCCUGUAUGCACACCUUCUGCGCUGCCUGCUACUCGGGCUGGAUGGAGCGCUCUGCCCUGUGCCCCACCUGCCGCUGUCCGGUCGAGCGCAUCUGUAAAAACCACAUCCUCAACAACCUGGUGGAGGCGUACCUGCUGCAGCACCCAGACAAGAGGCGCAGCGCGGAGGACCUGCGCAGCAUGGCCGCCAGGAACAAGAUCACGCAGGACAUGCUGCAGCCCAAGGUCAGGAGGGCCUUCUCCGACGAGGAGGGCAGCUCCGAGGACCUGCUGGAGCUGUCGGACGUGGACAGCGAGGCCUCGGACGUCAGCCAGCCGUCCAUCGUGUGCAGACAGUGCCCUGAGUACCGCAGGCAGGCGGGGCAGCCCCUUCCCUACCCAGGGCCCGGCAGCGAGCCAGGGGCACCGCAGGCCCCCGGGGAUGCACCGUCCACAUCCGCCAACGUCACGGCAGCCCAGGACUACGUGUGCGCCCUGCAAGGAAGCCACGCCAUAUGCACCUGCUGCUUCCAGCCCAUGCCCGACCGGAGGGCGGAACGCGAGCGGGACCCCCGCAUCGCCCCCCAGCAGUGUGCCAUCUGCCUGCAGCCCUUCUGCCACCUAUACUGGGGCUGUGCCCGGACUGGCUGCCUCGGCUGCCUGGCCCCGUUCUGCGAACUCAACCUGGGUGACCGGUGUCUGGAUGGGGUGCUGAGCAACAACAACUACGAGUCAGACGUCCUGAAGAAUUACCUGGCCACCAGGGGUUUGACAUGGAAAAACAUGUUGAUUGAGAGCCUUGGGGCUCUGCAGAGGGGAGUAUUCCUGCUGUCUGAUUACAGAAUCACCGGGAACACCGUGCUGUGCUACUGCUGCGGCCUGCGGAGCUUCCGCGAGCUCACCUACCAGUAUCGGCAGAACAUUCCUGCUUCUGAGCUACCAGUGGCCGUCACAUCCCGUCCUGAUUGCUAUUGGGGCCGCAACUGCCGGACUCAGGUGAAGGCCCACCACGCAAUGAAAUUCAAUCACAUCUGUGAACAGACGAGGUUCAAGAACUGA